AUGAGCAAGGUUAUUAAGCUGCCCACUGACAGCAGAACGGCUCACUUUCGUACUUUGGAAAGGGAAUCCCGUUUUGCUAAUCCUCCUAAAGAUAAAUCUGCAUUUCCACUCUUGCGUGAAGCAGUUGAGCCCCAUAUUGGAUCCUUCAACGCCUUAACUGAAGGUCCUAGCGGCGGUCUGUUGAACGAAGCCAUUAAGGAUAUCGGUAGUAAAGUGAUUUUCGAUGGAAAGUCUUCGACCGAAAACCCUAACUACUUGGGUAACAAACUAUCUCUAAGUGUUGAACAAGUUUCUGUCACAAAGCCAAUGUCCAACGACGGUGUGUCUUCUGCUGUAGAGAGAAAAGUCUUUCCAGCCGAAUCAAGGCAAAGACUGAACUCCUACAGAGGUAAACUCCUUUUAAAGCUAAAGUGGUCUGUCAAUGAUGGCGAAGAAACAUUUACUGAGGUUAGAGACUGCGGUGGCUUACCCAUUAUGCUUCAGAGUAAUAGAUGUCACUUAAAUAAAAUGUCUCCUCACGAACUGGUGCAACAUAAGGAAGAAAGUGACGAGCUCGGUGGUUACUUUAUCAUCAAUGGUAUUGAAAAGUUGAUUAGAAUGUUGAUCGUUCAACGUAGAAAUCACCCAAUGGCAAUUAUUAGACCUUCUUUUGCCAAUAGAGGUGCAGCUUAUUCGCAUUAUGGUAUUCAGAUGAGAUCUGUAAGACCCGACCAAACCUCUCAAACCAAUGUCUUACAUUAUCUUAACGAUGGUGAAGUCACAUUCCGUUUCUCAUGGAGAAAAAAUGAAUAUCUAGUUCCUGUUAUUAUGAUUUUGAAAGCUCUAUCAGAUGCAAGUGACAGAGAAAUCUUUGACGGAAUUGUUGGUUCUGAUACUUCGAACUCGUUCUUAACUGAUCGUUUAGAACUGUUGCUUCGUGGAUUCAAGAAAAAGUACCCUCAGCUCCAGAAUCGCAGGUUGGUUUUGCAAUAUCUUGGUGACAAAUUCCGUGUCGUGUUUCAAGCAUCCCCUGAUAUGACCGAUUACGAAGUCGGGGAAGAGGUUCUUAGAAGAAUUGUUCUAGUGCACUUGGGAGACAACGACGAUGACAAAUUUAAAAUGUUGUUGUUCAUGAUAAGAAAACUGUAUUCAUUGGUUGCUGGCGAGUGUUCACCUGACAAUCCAGAUGCUACACAGCAUCAAGAAGUUCUUCUUGGUGGGUUCCUUUACGGUAUGAUCGUCAAAGAGAAAAUCGACGAAUAUUUACAGAAUAUCAGAUUACAAAUUCAAUCUGAUGUUAAUCGAGGGCUUGCCGUUAGCUUUACGGACCGCAAGUACAUGAGCAGGGUAUUGAUGAGAGUAAACGAAAAUAUUGGAUCAAAGUUACAGUACUUCUUGUCUACUGGUAACCUAGUUUCCCAGUCGGGUCUUGAUUUGCAGCAAGUUUCUGGUUACACUGUUGUGGCUGAAAAGAUCAAUUUCUACCGUUUUAUUUCUCAUUUCAGAAUGGUCCAUAGAGGUUCUUUUUUUGCUCAACUAAAGACGACUACCGUGCGUAAGUUGCUACCCGAAUCCUGGGGGUUCUUGUGCCCCGUGCAUACUCCGGAUGGUUCUCCUUGUGGUCUUUUGAACCAUUUUGCUCACAAGUGUAAGAUAUCUACUCAGCAGUCUGACGUUUCUCAAAUUCCAAAGUUGCUAUACUCCUUAGGUGUAGCUCCUGCUGCCCAUAGUUUUGCUGCGGGUCCAACCAUGUGCUGUGUUCAAAUUGAUGGUAGAAUAGUUGGUUGGUGUACUCAUGAACAGGGAAAAAUCAUCGCCGACACCUUAAGAUUCUGGAAGGUUGAAGGUAAAACACCGGGGCUCCCACUUGAUCUGGAAAUCGGUUAUGUCCCACCUUCAGCUCGUGGGCAGUAUCCAGGUCUGUAUAUUUUUGGUGGUCACUCUAGAAUGAUGCGUCCAGUUCGUUAUUUGCCCUUGGAUAAAGAAGAUAUAGUGGGUCCUUUCGAACAAGUUUACAUGAAUAUUGCAGUUACACCUCCAGAGAUUCAGAAUAAUGUUCAUACACAUGUUGAGUUCACACCUACCAAUAUCUUAUCUAUUUUAGCCAACCUGACUCCAUUCUCCGAUUUCAAUCAAUCUCCUAGAAAUAUGUACCAAUGUCAAAUGGGUAAACAAACCAUGGGUACCCCUGGUGUAGCACUUUGCCACCGUUCUGACAACAAGCUCUAUCGGCUACAAACAGGUCAAACACCAAUUGUUAAGGCCAAUCUUUACGAUGAUUAUGGAAUGGACAACUUCCCUAACGGUAUGAAUGCAGUUGUUGCAGUUAUUUCCUACACAGGCUAUGAUAUGGAUGAUGCAAUGAUUAUCAACAAAUCAGCUGACGAAAGAGGAUUUGGCUACGGUACCAUGUACAAGACAGAGAAGAUCGAUUUGUCAAUGAACAGAAGCCGUGGUGAUCCUAUUACUCAGCAUUUUGGUUUCGGUAACGAUGAAUGGCCAAAAGAAUGGUUGGACAAACUGGAUGAGGAUGGUCUGCCACUGGUAGGAACUUAUGUGGAAGAGGGAGAUCCAAUUUGUUCGUAUUUUGAUGAUACUUUGAAUAAAACAAAGAUCAAAACCUAUCAUUCGUCCGAGCCAGCAUACAUUGAGGAGGUGAAGUUGAUUGGUGAUGAAUCCAGUAAAUUUCAAGAGCUUCAAGUGGUGACGAUUAAGUACCGUAUCAGAAGAACACCUCAAAUUGGUGAUAAAUUUUCAUCUCGUCACGGUCAGAAAGGUGUUUGCUCAAGAAAAUGGCCUACGAUCGAUAUGCCUUUCAGUGAAACUGGUAUUCAGCCUGAUAUCAUUAUCAAUCCUCACGCUUUCCCAUCUCGUAUGACGAUUGGUAUGUUCGUUGAAUCUUUGGCCGGUAAAGCAGGCUCGCUACAUGGUAUGGCCCAUGAUGCCACACCAUGGACAUUCAGUGAGAACCACACGCCUGCUGACUAUUUCGGUGAGCAAUUGUUGCAAGCUGGCUACAAUUAUCAUGGUAAUGAGCCCAUGUAUUCUGGUGCUACUGGUGAGGAGUUAAGAGCAGACAUUUACGUAGGUGUUGUCUACUACCAGAGAUUGCGUCACAUGGUCAACGAUAAGUUCCAAGUACGUUCCACCGGUCCAGUAAACAGUUUGACAAUGCAACCUGUGAAGGGUAGAAAGAGACACGGUGGUAUUCGUGUUGGUGAAAUGGAAAGAGAUGCUUUGAUUGGUCAUGGUACUUCGUUUUUGCUUCAAGACAGACUAUUGAACUGCUCAGACUAUACUCAAUCAUCUGUCUGUCGCGAGUGUGGUUCUAUAUUGACCACUCAUUACAGUGUACCUAGAAUAGGUUCAUUAGCAACUGUUCGCUGUCGCCGUUGUGCCGUCAAAUUUGAGGAUGCGAAGAAAAUUGUAUCCCAGCAUGGUGGAGAAGAUCCUAUCUUCAUCGACGACUCGCACAUCUGGGAAGAUGGUCAAGGUAAUAAGUUUGUGGGUGGCGGUGAAACAACCACAGUUGCCAUUCCUUUCGUUUUGAAAUAUUUGGAUUCUGAACUCUCAGCAAUGGGCAUAAAACUCCGCUAUAAUGUGGAGCCAAAGUAA